UUGGCAUCCUUUUUGGAUGUGCUGGAUUUGUCAUCCAACCUGCAGCUGAGCCAGGCAGGUAUCAGAGCCCUGCAUGGCCUCCAGCUGCAUUCCCUAAAAUUGGAUAGCACCCCAUUAAGUUCAUUCAGCCUCGUAGACUCAGGACUGCUCCAUCUGGACUUCCUCUCUCUUGUGGGUACAGGUGUGACAAAACUGCCUGGGAAUGUGACAGGGUACUUUGCACUUCGUGCCCUUGACCUUGGGAGGAAUCAAAUCCAAAACAUAGAGGAUGCAGACCUUGCAAGCUGCUGUUCCCUAGAACUCCUCAGCCUUCAUGAUAAUGGCCUGCAAUCACUUCCCAUUGGGUUCCUGAGUGCCCUUCCCCAGUUUCAGAGGCUCAACCUGUCCAUGAAUAACCUGGGUUCAACCUUGGUGCUCCCAGAAGGGCUGGUUCGUUCAAACCUAGUGCUCGAUCUGUCCUACAAUGAACUCUAUAAUCUGCCAUAUGGGGCCUUCUCCUUUCGUCCUCAUCUUCAGGAACUCAGGCUGGGUGGCAACAACCUCUCCAACUUAACCAGUGGAAGCCUUAAGGGACUCAGGUGGCUAAAGACACUAGACCUGAGUUGGAACCAAAUUAAGGUUCCAAAUCCAGGCUGGCUCUCUUUUCUCCCUGCCGUCACCUCACUGAACCCCCUAGGCACCUAUUUAGAGUAUAUCCCAGGCAAGCAGCUCCAGGGUCCCCACAAGCUGAGCUGUCUGAAUCUGGGUUCUCUCCUCAAACUGCACAUUUGCCCUCCCUGGCCUCCAGCACUGCUCAGCUUGGAGGUGUGGGCUAGAACGUGGAUUGAGUUCAUAGUCCCCGACGAUCAACAGUUUUUGUUCUUGGAAAACCUUACCUUGCAAACUUCCUCUGUGCUAUUGCAUUCAAGCAAUGCUACCGUUUAUUUCCUGUCCCUGCAUUGCCUCACUCUGAAAGGCGUCAGUGCCUACAUUUUCUCAAGCUGUUGGCCCCAGAAAUUUUUUCCACAGCUUUCUCUCCUAGAACACUUGCACUUCUGGUCUGAUAAUGGGGACAUGGAGGACAUGUGUCUGUCUGGCAUGCCCAGGCUGUGAGUGCUGGAGCUGGGAACCUAAACUUCCUCUGAGUUUGGUUCAGUGAAGCUGGAGACACUUCUGAAGGAAGUGCCUCAGUUACAGGUGCUGGCAAUGAGCCACCUGCAUCUUUGGAACCUCUCCAUGUCCACCUUCAGGGACUUGGGUCACCUCCAGUUGCUGCUGUUCAACUCUGAAUUAUCUCUAGGGUUGGAGAGUAGCCUUCAAGAGCUAAUCCCCCAGAUGCCACAAUAUGUUUAUUUCUCAAAUGUCGCCGUCAACUGGCAGUAUGAAAGCUCUUGGGUGCGUCCUUGGGCAACACGGGCUCCCAAUAACUUUGUGUAUGGGCUAGAGAAAUCCAUCUGCAUGGCAAAUGCUUCUGACUAUUCCAAGACUAUUCCAUCUGACUAUUCCUUGCUCUCCUUCCUUUCUGAUCACUGCACACGUGAUCCUGAGUUUCAGGGCUUUCUCGCCAGCUUUACACUUGUAUUCCUGAUGUCCAUCUUUGGACUGCUUAGCUGUCCCAAGUGGUACUGGCUUCAUCACCUCUGGAAUCAUUUUCAUGCCUGGUGGUGGAAAUUAUGUGGGUGUGGCCCCAGAAGGCAAUUCUAUUAUGAUGUCUUUAUAUCCUACUGCGAUCAGGACCAAGCCUGGGUGCUGGAAGGACUGGCUCCUGCCCUGGAGAAGCCUCCUCCAAUAGCUGAGGGCUUGAGACUAUGUCUGCCAGCAAGAGACUUUGGCCUUGGGCAGGACAGGAUGGAAGCCAUAGUUGCCAGCAUAGAGAGCAGCAGAGCUAUUCUCUGUGUGCUCAGCUGCCAGGCCCUGAAAAGUACCUGGUGCAAUGUGGAGUUCAGGCUUGCCACCUACCACUUGGUGGCACAGCCCGGGAUAGCCCACCUACUGCUACUGUUUCUGGAGCCUAUAGAGCGUGGCUAUCACCGUCUCAGCCAGUGGCUCCAGAAGGAGGACUGUGUUGAUUUACAUCAAGAGAAAGUGGAGUGGAAUGCUUUCUGUGAGCAACUUCUGAGAAGGCUAAGGAAAGCAGGACAAGAAAGAGAAGAUUAA